UGUAAAAAAAAAAAAAAAAUCUCGGCGUCGGGGGACAGCAGCAGAUACAAAGUACGUCCUCCGUGUUGUAAGCCUGGUGUUGUGUAAUCAACUUAAAGCCAUCAAAUGACAGAAUGAGUUGACUAUUGUAGUAGUCGUAGUGCACGCGACCAGGGACACUGGAUAUUUGUUGUUCUCCCGCAAUGACUGUUGAAUCGACAGCCCUGUGAGUUAAAUUUGAAACCGCGAUCUCCUUCUUUGGUCCAGAAGAUAUACUUGGUGUCACUAUGGCCAUUGCACACGUAGCCACGGAGUAUGUGUUUUCCGAUUUUCUGCUUAAAGAACCAUCGGAGUCUAAAUACAAAGGGGUCCGACUGGAACUUGCCGUGGAUAAAAUUGUCACUUGCAUCUCCGUGGGACUGCCUUUGUUGUUGAUUUCACUUGCAUUUGCUCAGGAGGUAUCUGUAGGCACCCAGAUCAGCUGCUUCUCUCCAAGCUCGUUCUCCUGGCGACAGGCUGCCUUUGUGGAUUCCUUCUGCUGGGCCACGGUGCAGAAACACCACCUGUCGCAGAACGACUCUGAAAGGGUUCCCCUCUGGCUGCAUAAGUUUUUCCCCUACAUCCUGUUGCUGGUGGCGAUUCUGAUGUACAUUCCGUCCCUGUUCUGGCGCUUCACUGCGGCGCCGCACCUGUACUCGGACCUCGCCUUCAUCAUGGAGGAGCUGGACAGGUCCUACAACCGAUCCAUCAAGCUGGCCAAGAGCUUCACCAGCAACGGGAAGCUUGACUCUGCAGCCGGGGACACACGCACAAGUUUAUGGGACUUGACUGAAGGCUGCUUUAGGUAUCCGUUAGUGGAACAGUACCUAAAGACAAAGAAAUCUACCAAAAACCUGAUUAUCAAGUACCUCAUCUGCCGAAUCGUAACUUUCAUCAUACUUCUAUUCGCUUGCAUCUACUUGGGAUAUUACAUCAACCUGGCGGCCAUUACCGAUGAGUUUAAGUGCAGCAUUCGAACUGGAAUCUUAAAAAACCAAACAGACAUUCCCCAGUUUUUUCAAUGCAAACUCAUAGCGGUUGGAGUCUUUCAGCUGCUUAGCUAUGUUAACUUAAUAGUCUACACUCUGCUGGCGCCCGUGGUAAUCUACACAAUCCUGGUGCCGAUAAGGCAAAGCUCAGAUUUCCUCAAGGCCUAUCAAAUCCUGCCAACCUUCGGAGUGUUGGAAUUUGGCUCUAGGUUCUAUGACGACCUGAGCCUCUACUUGCUCUUCUUGGAGGAGAACCUCAGUGAGCUGAAAUCCUACAAGUGUCUCAAGGUGCUGGAGCACCUCCAGGUUAACGGGGAAGAAGGCUUCGACGCCAUGUGCCUCCUGAGGAACCUGGGCCAGGUCAAGACGGACACUGUGGACGGAAAACUCCUGCAGCACAACAAAACUGAGGUGGAGCCCAGAAACAGUGCCACUGAGCUAAAAGACCUUUCAAAUGAAUCGUUGGAAGACGGUGUGAAAAAUGACAGAAAAGAGAAAGAAGACAAAAAAGUUCGGCAGAGACUUCUGGAAUCUACUUCAACUUGCUAGCACUAGCUGUUCAUGCAUUGCCUGAAGAGACGAAACUCAAUAUCCUGCAUUAUCUAUUGCGUGGUCACAGGUUUUUUCAAACCUUCAAAAAAUAGUGAAGAACCCAAUGCGUUGGAAUCCUUUGUGUAUGCCUGGCAUGUUCUGAAGUACAUAUCCCCUGAAAUAAAAAAUGGAACAGAAAAUAUACACAAUGAUACACAAAAGAAGUGUUGUUUCCACUAAAGCCUAUGCAUGAAAAUAACCUUUGAGGAGAUACCAGAGUUUCAAGGUUAUAUUGUACAUCAAUUUGACAUCUGGAAAAAUGGAGAUAAGGUUGCUGAAUACUAAAUAUUGAGCCAGGUGACUUCCGCAUAGAUUUGAAAUUCAUACAGUGCUGUAUGUCAUCUCAUACGGACUUACGAUGUGCUGUACACGCAGCAGGGGUGGUCAGAAAUAGCACCAGUUGGCCAUGGCAGUGCCAUGUAUACAAUUAAAUCCUUAAAAAAUAAAAAUAGCGCAAAAUGAUGCACCUUGAAUGGUAAGAUUCUGUCAAUAAGCUUUUAAUGGAGUAACAAACUGUGCACUAUCGCUUAGUCCCUUUGUUUCGGAGGCUGAAAGUACUAAUAUUACUCCAGACACCCUUCAACAUGUUAUUGAUCAGUGGCUUAAGUGGACCUACAGGUGCCAACAGUAGAAACAUCUACUGCACUGAAAUUGAUUUCAAGCAAGCAUGACUCAUUCUGUAAAAAAUAAUAAUAAUAAUAAUAAUAAUAACAGAAACUAACUCCUCUCUCCAAUUUUACCUCUUGAUGUAGAAACACAGCUGUAAGCCCUUUGAUUUACUAUUGAAGUUCCAGCAUACACAUUAAUAUCCUCUUUCUACAGAUUAUAAAAACUAGUCUGCCUGCUCAAGGGGCAGUAUUCAUGAUAAAAUGAAACCCUGAAGAUCUCUUUCCCCAAAGGUUUUAUACUUAAAAAGCCAAUUGUAAUUCAGACGUAUUAUAUUAGAUAUAAAUCAUAGGGAUUUAUAAAUAGCGUACACAUGCCAGCCAUAAUGUUGUCUACCUUUAAUAACUUCAAGAAUGUUAAUGUAGUCAGUAGUUCAUUUGUUACUUGCCUUUUUAUCUGUUGGUUAAAAAAAAAAGCAAAGUUGAAAUUGUAUUAAAUGUAUUGACUGAAAAUUAGGAUAUCGUGUAGUUCAUAGAAAUUACUUGACAAACUUAUGUUUGUACAAACUACGUUUUUUAUACUUCAGCUCGCCAAUUAUAAAGUUUAUUUUAUUUUUAUACUUUCAGCUGUUGGCCUAUUGUCCCUUUUGAACUGUGUUGUAUUUUAUUCCCCUUCCAAAGCUUGUACAGUCGUGUUUUUCUAUUGUAUAUAAAAUUCAUUUUCUUAUUUUCAGUGCAUUGGUUGCAAAACUUUUAGUGGAUGUGUCACCACUGAAAAUGCUACCGUGCAAGAGAACACACUGGGAAAAUCUGAACUGUGCAAAUUAUUAGUUACUAUCCAGAUCAGUUUGGCAAGAGUCUUUUUUCAGUAGUUCAGACCGACCUUACUUGAACGCAACAUUCAGCAGACUCCUGUUGUUAAAUUGUUGCCCGAUUGUACCUCUUUACUAGGCAGCUGAAUUGUCUAUCCAUGCCACCCUUCAUGUUGUACGCUGUUGGGUUGAUUGAAACAUGAACAACUUCAGCAAAGAGUACAGUUAAUUAUUAAAACUACAACAUCAAACUCACCAACUUGAAAUACAGUAAAUGUAUACUGUAAAACUUUCCUUUCGCUCUUCAUGAAAGCCAAAACUGUUGUAAUUCUAGUGAUUUCAUUAUCAUUUUGGGCCUUUUUAAAAGCAAAUACAAAGAUUUAGAUGCAUGCUAGUUGUCUGAAAAAAAAAUAGUGUAACACAAAAAUCCAUACCCUUUGCAUCUGAACUUUCUUUGAAACCGUUCCCCCUCUGUAGUUCAACAGACCUAUAAAUAAAUAUCUGACAAAAGUUUGUGUCUCAGUGAUCACGACAAGUGUUUUAUUUUAUAAAACAAUAAAGAACUGUUUCUGUGCUAGGUCUUCUAAACCCACCAGCUAUUGAUUUUGUUUGUACUGCUUUACUGUUUAAUGUGUGAUCGUGUUAAACUGCUGUUGAAAGUGUUGUUCUGAUGUCAAGUCUCUUUAUUGUUUUGCCGUGUAAUGGCCUAUAUUCAUGUUCCACUGUGUUCCAGUCUUCAUUUCAUGGAGACUUACCUCCUUAAAGGAUUACUUUCACAGAAUAUAAAUCCUUAAUCUAUCUGAAAUUAAAUAUAAAACAAUACUUCUCAUUCCUAUGGUACAGUAUAUGGGUAGGGCACAUAUCCAGGGAGCUAUAGUGCCUUUAAAAUAAUAACCUCUCUUGCUUUUAAAGGCCUGCGUUUUGGAUACACCUGGGGAGUUAGCAAGGAGUCCAAGCUGUCGGUACCAUCCUCAAAACUGAGUUCUCUGCAGUAGAUAAGGGUCACCUUGCUCAGGUGAUAUUGGUCAAGUUCAAACCCUUAAUUGAACUAAUAAUGUGCUUAAUUAGACCUUUUUAAUUGUUUUCAGCUCCUAAAAAGUUUCUGAUUUCAAGUUACUUAUAAAAUUGUAUAGUUAACUUGAAAUCUCCAACUGUUUAAAAGCUGAAAACUAUUAAAAAAAAGUCUAAUUUAAGCUAGUGAAUAGUUCAAUUAAGGGUUCAAUUAAGUAAUUGUGAACUGAGUUGGAAUGAAAACCACCAGACACUAAUUCAGGGUUUCCCAGGACCAGGAUUGGGAAAUCCUGAAUUAGAUUACAUCAUUUUAGUUCCGCUAUAUACUUUUUAGAAUUUUCUUUUUUAACUUUUUUAAAACUCUAUAUAACCACCAAAAUGAAUUGUUAGAUUAUAUUAACUAUACCAAAAAUAAAGUUUAUAGCUGCAGAUAUAAUUUUGGUAUAGGUACCAGAUUUGUACAAGGUAGCAAAAUAUGACAUGUAUAAACGUCACGUUUUGGUACUGGUAGCACAUUUUGAUGA